UACAUUAGCCGUAUCCGUCCUCUGCUUUUUCUUGUGCUUCUCUUUCACUGCGCCAAGCCGUCACAAAUGGCGACCCGCGUUCUGCUGAUGCUUCGCGAAACCUCUCCGUGGGCGCUGGCCGGCGCGGCGGCGUCCGUGGCGCUGCUGUGGCUGGUGGCCUGGACGCUGGAGUGGGCCUGGUGGACGCCUCGGCGGCUCGACCGGGCCCUGCGGGCCCAGGGCCUCAAGGGCACCAGGUACCGCCUCUUCACCGGCGACCUGAGGGAGACCGCCCGGGUUAACCGGGAGGCCCGCAAGAACCCGCUGCCGCUCGGCUGCCACGACAUCGCCCCCCGCGUGCAGCCCAUGCUUCACAGCGCCAUGAAGGAAUACGGGAAAUUAUCUUUCACUUGGUUCGGCCCAACACCAAGGGUGAUGAUUCCAGACCCGGAGUUAGUCAAAGAGGUGUUGUCUAAUAAGUUUGGCCACUUUGGCAAACCACGGAGCAGCCGCAUUGGGAAGUUGCUAGCCAAUGGGGUAGUAAAUCAUGAUGGUGAAAAAUGGGCAAAGCACAGGAGAAUUCUUAAUCCUGCCUUUCACCAUGAGAAAAUAAAGCGGAUGCUGCCAGUAUUUUCGACCUGUUGUAUUGAAACGAUUAUUAGAUGGGAGAAUUCAAUGCCUUCUGAGGGAUCUUCUGAGAUAGAUGUCUGGCCUGAGUUCCAGAAUCUUACUGGAGAUGUUAUCUCAAGAACCGCUUUUGGCAGCAACUAUCAAGAAGGGAGGAGAAUUUUCCAGCUGCAAGGAGAACUAGCUGAACGCCUUAUUCAGUCUAUUCAGACAAUAUUUAUCCCAGGCUAUUGGUUCUUGCCCACCAAAAACAACAGAAGGAUGAAAGAAAUCGAUCUAGAGAUCCGCAAAAUUCUCCGUGAAAUAAUUGGGAAAAGAGAGAAGGCUACUAGAAAUGGCGAAACAAAUAAUGAUGACUUGCUGGGCUUAUUACUGGAGUCAAACACAAGGCAAUCAAAUGGAAAUGCAAGCCUGGGACUGACAACAGAAGAUGUGAUUGAGGAAUGCAAGCUAUUUUACUUUGCAGGUAUGGAGACAACAUCAGUCCUGCUUACUUGGACACUUAUUGUGCUAAGCAUGCACCCAGAAUGGCAAGAGCGAGCAAGAGAAGAAGUGUUGAGCCACUUUGGGAGAACCAGACCAGAUUUUGAUAGCUUGAGCCGCCUGAAGAUUGUAACCAUGAUUCUACAUGAGGUCCUCAGGUUAUACCCACCGGCAACCUUUCUAACCAGAAGAACUUAUAAGGAAAUGGAGCUCGGUGGAAUUAAAUAUCCUGCAGGAGUGAACCUUCUUCUGCCCAUCAUCUUCAUUCACCAUGAUCCCGACAUUUGGGGAAAAGACGCAAGUGAGUUCAAUCCAGAGAGGUUUGCCAAUGGCAUCUCCAACGCCACCAGGCAUCAGGCGGCUUUCUUUCCGUUUGGAGGGGGGCCCAGGAUCUGCAUCGGCCAGAGCUUUGCGUUGCUGGAAGCCAAGAUGGCGCUAUGCACCAUCCUCCAGCGCUUCUCCUUUGAGCUCUCGCCAUCCUACACCCACGCGCCCUACACCGUGAUAACACUGCACCCUCAGCACGGUGCUCAGAUAAGGCUGAAAAAGCUCUGACUGUGAUGCUCAUAUGCUCGCUGGCAGUGGCAGCAGCAGCAGCUCCUACGCUGCUACCGAAUACUCCCGGAUCCAACUAUGUCAGAACGUCUUACAACUUGGAUCGGGGGAAGUAGUUGUUUUGUAUUAAUACGUAGGUUAGAAUAUGAAUAAUAAAAAGAGGGUGUGUAUUAAUAGGGAAUAGGUUACUGUUACUGCGAUGCAAUUUUGUGAAGAUUUGGCAAAGAACUUAAUUAUACAAUAUGUAGUUCUUUUUUAUAGGGUGCACUAGUACUCGAAAGUAGUCUUUGCAUGUAGGAGUAUAUACAUUUGGCUUUUCAUUUUUCUUCCUGUAUAUAUAUAUUACCAAUCGCUGAAAGGUCAAUAUUAUACUGGUUCCUCUUUCUAA